AUGAGUCAUUUUAAAGUUGGAGAUGUCGUUGAAGCCAUAGAUGAGCUUGGUGUGUGGGCAAAGGGGAAAAUUAUUGCCACAGAAAAUGAAAAAUUUAAGAUCUCCUUCGAAGGUUUUGGAAGCAUGUGGGAUUAUUUUGUAUCUGAAGACAAAAUUCGGUCUGAGACGAAAGCUGUAGAGCUUCCAAAGAAGAGAUCCAGAGAUUCUAAGAUUGUAAGUAUCAAGCUGUUUAUUUGUUUAAAAUGUUUCUGUUUUAUUUGAGCACAGUCAUGAUCCUGUCCCUCAAAAUUUAUAUAUGAAUAGCAUGGCAAAAUAUUUAUGAUUAUGUUUACAUUUUGUAAGUUUGUAUGAUAUGAAGGUUUGCUAUUUUUUUAAAAUUCUUUGUCUGCAUUUUUGGUAUAGCCCGAAAACUUAAAACGAUUACAGAGAGGAGAUAAGGUGCACGUUGUAGAUGUUGGAGAAGUUCCCAUCUUUCAAGUGGAUCCAAUACUGGGAAACCUGAUUGUAAGUAAUUGAUGUUAGAAUGCUACUAGCUAAUUUAGUAAUUAAUGAUAUACUGUGAUAGCUGGUAGUGAAGACCAUAUAAACUGGCCAUGUGCUCUAUGUUGUGCUCAUCUUCUUGUGUCUUGUGCAGCCCCCUGCCCUGUACAAUGUAAGUCAAUACUUAUAUGUGUAACUUUUUAAUGUAUGAUAAAAUGCAUAUGACAGGCUGAAUCUGAAUUUAUUUAAGUCUGUACACUCUCUGAUAUCACACUAACUUAGUGUUUGAGUGUGAGUGGGUAUUUGAACCGUACUCCAAUUUAAAACUAACCUUGUUGUACAUAACCGUUGGUGGUUCCACUAAGGUGGGUGCCAGCAAGCAGCUGAUAACGACCAAGUUUCUUUCUGAACUACAAUCAGUGACAUUGAAAUUUUUUUGGCACUUAUACCGAAAGGGUAUUUUGAAUAGAAUUAUGAAAAAUUCAUAUUCAAACCCUUUCCCCUGGUUCAUUAUUGCUUUAUCAGCCAUAAAAAUCAUUGGCGGCACAACACAAAACAAUAGCACCAAACAUAGAAAAUGCAUUUUAGACUAACAAAGGGGGAAGCGGCCAAUUGUUGCCUUUUCAGAGUAAUUGAUCCAUUAAUUAAGUCACUGAUUGUAGGUCAUACCCAAGGCACAGAGUCGGCGCUUGGUUGCUCUCAUAUAUAAUAAUUGGGUAAUUGAGGUUGUAAAUAGGUGCUGAAUUGCUUAAAAAAGUUGAUCCGACAGUAUAUAAAGUUGUGUUAAUAAUAUAGACUGACAUUUACUGUACCUAAAACUAAUGUGUCUGAGAUAUACUGUAGCUAAAUGGGGACUAUAUAAAUUCACCACAGUGGAAAUCAGACUCAGACUUGUGUCAUAUUAAUUGAAAUGCUUUCUGUACUAAUUAGGUUGAACUUACUGUUGAAGAAAAGAGGGAAGUGAGAGGAUGUGAUAUCUGCCCCCCACCUAUCAAGAAUGCCAGUCCAAAGGUGAAGAGAGCAAAGAGACAAAAAUUGUAUUCCAUUUCAAAUGAGCAAUCAAAGGAAGUAGUGGCUGAUAAUGAUAAUGAUAAUGAAGAUGGAGAUACUGGACCUAAAGAUGAAUUGGAAUGUUCAUUUAUUUACUACCUGCGAGACGAUGGGCUGUGGUUGAAGGUUGGAGAUAUUGUUUCUGUUGAAGGUGUUGGGUUGCCUUUUAUAAUUUAUAGGAUGUAUACCGGGACUGAUGAUGGUUGUGUGUUGGCAAAGUUGGUGAAUGUGAAUAAUUGUAUUUUAAGGGAAGAUUUUAUUAUUAUUUGUAAUAUUAAUUAUAUUGUUUAUUAUUCAGGAGGAAAAGUUAGUUUGAAGGGGUCUGUGAAGGAAAAGGUUGAGCAGGAUGCAUAUGUUGAGUUUUGUACUUUUAUGUCUAGUAAUGUCAGUGUUGUUGUUAAAGUUAAUUUAAGGAAAAUGGUUUUGGGUCAUGCUAUGCGUGUUGGCUUGCAGGGUGGAUUCACUAAUUUAAGUUGUACAAGGAUUAGUUUAGGACCAUCGGAUGUUAUGUUGGAUAACAAGAUUUUUCAUUUUAUUGCUCUCACUGGGGUAGUUAAGUUCAGUCUGGUGAAUGAUGGUGAUUUUGAACUGGUUGAUGAGAUUCUGGGUAAAGGCUGGGAUUAUAAAGUUGGAAGAGCUGAAGAUGCAUUUUUUAAAUCCAUCACCGAGGUGCAGGUUAAACGUUCGAAUGACUUGAGUCUUGUACUGAUUGCCAAGUUUUCCCAGUCACAGUUUGUGUUCACUCCUGGAUAUCGUGCUGAGUGUCGCAAGGUGAUCAAUGAAGGAAAAGAACAAAUGGAAAACAUUAUUCUUUAA